UCGAAAACCAGCUAGGCCUAAAUUUGUUAAUUCAUUCGUCCCGUUUUCUGUCUGAUUUGUGGAAUGUGCCUAGAAACUCAAGGACACACAUGGCGGUCUCCAAUCACCGCCUUCAUCCCAGCGAUGAGGAAUAUGAAGAGUAUAACCAUUUGUUGAGAGGAAUCAAAACCACCGAUGAUCUCCACAAGACCUAUAAACCCGAGGCAAUACCUCCAAAACCAACUUCCAUCUUGAGAAACAGACAAACCGAAGAUUCUUUCGAUCAAAACGAUGGCAAAGCUGCUGCAGAAUGCCAUCAGAACACUGGCAAACACAUAAAGUUGCAGCCUGUCGACAUUAGCACAGUCAUAGGACCAAGUUAUAGUAUAUUAGAUUUAACUUUAAACUGGGAGCUGAGACGCGGUGUAGGUUCUACAACAAGCAUCAAAGCCGUUCAGGAGCUCUACUCUUGUAAGAGAUCCUUAAGCAGCUCAAGCCUCGAGGCAAACCCACAAAAGGGUGUGGCGAAUGAUAAACGCAUUGCCUCAGGGCGAAGUAACUGGUUAAAAUGUAGUAAAUAUUCGAAUAGGGAAUGCAAGGAGAAUAAGUGCAAAGCUGCUUGUAAGCGCAAAAAGGCAUGUUAUGCCAGCGUUAGCUAUGCGGAUCCAGAGCAAAGCUAUGCCGAAUCAGAACGAAACCAGUACUAUCCAGAGUCGCGACAAAUGCAGAGCUAUCCCGAGUCGCAACAAAGCCAGGUCUACUCCCAGUCGCAACAAAGUCAGGUCUAUUCCGAGUCGCAACAAAGCCAGGUCUAUUCCGAGUCGCAACAAAGCCAGGUCUACCCCGAGUCGGAACAAAGCCAAGUCUUUGCCAAAGAGGAAAAAAACAGUAGCUUUCACGAAUCGAAACCAAACCAUGGCUCCCCCAAAUUGAAACAAAAUCCUGUCUAUCCCGAAUCGCAACAAAACUCUUCCUAUCCCGAGUCGGAAGCAUGUCAUAGGUCACCAAAUCGCGUGUCACCAAAGCAAGGCUCAUCCAAAUUCCAACAAAAUUCAGCCAAGCAAAGCCGUUGCUCUGCCGAAUCGGACAGAAAAACUGGCCAUUACAAUAUGAAAAGUACUUCAACAUUCAACACAAGCAAUGGCACUGAUUAUACCGAUGAAUCAUGCCUCAGAACUCAGGCUUAUGAUCGCCAUGCCCAAAGUCCAUGGUGCGAAAGUCCACGGGACUCCCACAAAUUUGAGGAAGAGCAGCGGAUGACAGAUUGUAGUAGGCAAUCUCAUAAAGGGGGUACUGACGCUGCUAGUCAUCCUGGGUCUUCGAGUUAUUCCUGCCCAUCCCCAUGCCCAAUUCCACUUGUUCCCAGGACGAAUCGCAGCUGUCACGGUGCUCCAACGAAUGAAAAUUCUUCGCAUGGAGACGCCAUGAAGAGUUGUGGAAGAGCAAAGACCAGAGGCAUGAAGAGGCCUGCAAAUUCCUGCAGUGGUUCUUCCAUGUCUGGCAGUCCCUCCGCGGCAUGCUCGUUGGAUGACGGUCAAAAUGAAAACUCUGCCUGCAACUGUGUGGAUAUUGAGAGCUUCCUCGCAAAUUGCAAGAAACACCCGGCGCAAUGCUGCGAUCCAUGUGCGGGCUGUUGUCCCGUGUUUUCACCUCCUUACACGAGACCCUGCGCACCUUCUUGCAGCCCCCCAGAGCCCCCCUGCUUCAGCAACGAAUGCUUCUGCAUGGGCUAUGUGCAUGAUAUGCUGGAGGAUCGAUCGGUCUACGCAGUAUCCUAUCGGCCGGUUAUGUGUUGCGGCAACAAUUUCAAACAUGCUUCCAAUGGGAAUAGUUGCCUCUGCUCAGACCUGCCGCUGGGCGGUGGUUGCGGACCCUGCAGCAAUGGCUGUCCCUCCAGUCCAUGUUGCUUUUCGGCGGAAUCGCCCUGCUGCGGUGCCUCUUGCGGUGUCUGUCCGCCCGCUUGCGGUGGUUGUCCGCCAACCCGCUUGUAUCCACUGGCACGACUCAGUCCGGGUUAUUGUAACUCCUAUCCCUGCGGUGGAUGUAAUGCAUAUUGCAUUUAACAGGCAUCGCUUCAUGGCUCUCUAGAGUCCAGAUUGUGGGAGCGGAUCUCCAUUGCUAUGGAAAGAUAAAGCAUUAAUUGGAAUGUUAUCUCACAUAUGGAAUAUCUGUGGCACUGAAAGCGUUUUAUAGAUACUUAGACUUAAACGGAAAUAAUGGUACACAUGUCCGGGAAUAUAAUGCCGUUUAUAUCAAUGUUGUUUCGGAAAUGGAUUCCAUCUAGGCUUUACUCAUUAUUUUGAGGGAAGAGUGCUUCCAGGAAACGAAGUCUUAGUUUUCCUAGAGGCAUUCUUUGCCUACCAAUAGCAUCGCACGACUGUCUCCAGUCUUCCUUGUCCAGAAAUCCGAGCGAAUGUAGAAGAAUCCGAAGAAUCAUGGGGCAUAUCCGGCUACUUCCAGGCAACCGAUUACUGAAAUUGUUAAUCCAAAACAAACUAGUUAAUGACUUACAUCCUACAGCAGAGCUCAACAUAUAAAUAUCCCAUUUCUACCGCACAAUAAAUUAACAAAUAACAAAUC